AUGCCCUUGCGGAUCACAUCUGCUCCUGUCGCUGGAAUCAAAAAGAACAGAAAAUCAAACUCCACUAGGCCACGCCCAUCUCUCUUCGCCGCAUAUGCUCGUCGCAAGGCCUCGGCUUCAUCGGUAAACGCACCCAGAUACAACUGUACAGAUGAUGACCAAGGCAAAUUAUCCGACCUGGGCCUGUCGCGGUACAUCCCAGAGACUGCUCACGUGACAGAUGUGGUGCAGGCAUUGCAGUACAUUCGUUCAACUAUGUUCGAUGGCCUUCCUCAGCGUGUGGGGAUGAACAGCAUACGCAUUGCCGAAGUGCUGAAUCUUCGUCGGUCACUCCCCCCACUUGCCUCCGUGGCCCAUAUACAUACAUUACUCGAUGCACCGACCAAGGUUGAAAAAGAGAUUAUAGAGUUGGUUUCCACGGGCCGCGUACGACGCUUGAUCGUGCCAGGAAGAGGCAACGAUGCCGCCGGGCUCGGCGAAUGUCUGGUUCUCACGGAAGAGUGGAAUCGGCUGGUGCAAGACAGCAAUAACCUGGAAGCGUCGUUGAAAGAUGUAUUUCAACAAGUCUUAAGUCGCGUCGGAAACAAUCCUGCCAUCCCCGGCAGCGCCUUCACAGUACCGGAAUACAUGGCCUUGGUUCGCGCCGGGUUUCUUGUUUCCUCCUCGUCGUUAGCCCAGGGCUCCUCGAGUAUCGCAUCCCUUCCCACGCUGCCGACUAGCCCAACCGUAGCCGCUGCGGCGAGCCGAACGAGCCCGCAUGAUGCGACGAGCGACGUCCCGGUGGUUGACCACAGCACCUCGGUCAACGCCCCAACACUCUUCCUCUCCCUGCCAAACACGGGGCCUUACCUUCGUUUACUUAGCGCUAGUCGGUCCCAUCUUCUUUCGCUUCUGGAGCGGUCGGGUGCGCGAGAGACUCCUUUAUACCUCCUUCGGGACCGAUGGGACGGAGCCAUUGAGAAUGGCCAGAGCUUGAGCGUUGCUAAGAGGACAAGGGGCGAAUUUACAGGUGUUUUGCCUGGCCGCACGAAGAAAUGGAAGCAAUUAUAUGGGAUGAGCUUCCGGUGGGCUGUAGAGGAGGCCCUUGGGGCCGGGCUGAUUGAGCUUUUUGAUACGGGGAGUGUUGGUCCGGGAGUGCGCAGUUUAUGA